AUGGCGCGCGGAUUGCAGAAGAUUGAGGCUCAGCAGAAGGCGCAGGCGAAGAAGAACGCAGGUGGCAAGUCGAACUUGAAGGCGAGGGCGGCGGCGUUCAAGAUCGUCUGCCCUUCUUGCAAGCUCCCUCUGUCUGACUACAAGAACUUCAAGGAGCACUUCGAGUCCAAGCACCCGAAACUUCCCCUCCCCACCGAAGAGUCGCUCGCGCCGCCUGCAUGA